AGAGAGAGAGGUACCCGGAAGGAAGUGAUGCAAUCAUCUUAAUUGAGGCAUUCAUAUAUACAGCUGUGUUUGGAGUGUUGUAGCAUUUCCAUACGUCGUAGAUUAAGCCACGGCUUAGGUGAAAAGCUCUAAGCAUCCACUGGAUUUACUUAGUGCCUUUAUCUUUACUUAACCAGGACCCCUGCUGAUAUCUUCUACACAGACAGACUCUGAAGGAAAGAAAGAAUGAAGGUUAUCAUUAUAACAUUUUGCCUUUUCGGUGCAGCUUUCGCUAACCCAAUUUUACACAACAUUUUGGUAUCAGCUGAGUCUGCAUCAAACUCUACAGAAAGUUUGCCAGUUUUAGAAUCUUCUGAAAAUAACACAUCAGAACUUCAGAGUUCGGAGGAAAAUACCUCGAAUCAGAGUUCAGAGUCUGAAUCAAUGGAAUCCACUUCAGAGGACAAGACCUCAGAGGAGAGUAACAGUCAGUCAGAUGAAAAUGAUAAAAUGGACUCCCUGUUUGAAACCAAAGAUAACAGCAUGGGCAGUGAGGAGAAUGUGCGAAAGCAAAAUUGGGUGAGAGUCUUUGCGAGUGUCGUUAAAGGAGAGAGUGCAGAGGACAAAGGUCACCCUGAACACCAGAGCAAUGAGCUGAGUGAUAAACAGCAGAUUCACACCAAGACAGUUCAGAUCAGCACUGUCAGUGAAAAGUCUGGCGACACCACCAGCGACAGCGCGGACACCAGUGAUGUUAAGGCUGCCGCAAGUGACAGCAGUGACAGCACCAGCAGUGAAAGCCAGGAGAGCCAGGAGACAAGUGACACCAAAAGCAGCAGUGCUGCCAGCGAGAGCACGGAAGAUAGUGAUGCCAGUGACAGCGCCGAAAUGAACCAAGUCAGAGAAAAGGACUGUGUGAAUAGUACACAGAGCUGUGAAAGUGAGGAGUAUUUUCUGCAGAGUAUAGGAGAUGAUGCCCAUUCUACAGGGGAGCAUCUGCUGGUGCCAGACGAGGAGGAUAGAGAGCUGCGGCUCAGAAGGCGAUGAAAUGUUACUGUUAUGUUGUCAAUCUGAAUUUGAUUUAAUAACAAGCUUAAAGACUAACGAAUGUUCACCUUGGAACAUUGAUACUGCCAUAAUACUACAUGCCGCUGAUUCACUCCUAUUUGUGGAAUUUACUGUGACAAUAUAAACUACACUUGUACUUUGCUUUAAUAGUAUGUUGAAUUUAAAUGAAUAUAACCAUUGUAUGUAGAUACACAAAAUAUCAGAACACAUGAUCUCCUAUUUAUAAUAUUAAAAAUACCCUUUGUUGUCCCAUGGUGGGGAAAUUAUGCAUCCAUGUUCUUGCCUAAUAAAUUCUUAAGA